AUGGCCAGCUGUCCUGCCCGGCUCCUAGCCCAGGAUCUCCAGCUGCUCCCGAGCCAGGCCCUGCUGCAAGAGUGGGGCUGGGCCCACUCAGACUCCACCUCUCCCACCUCCUCCUCAGACUCCUAUAGCCUGUCCCCUUCUUCUGCACUCCUGGCUUCCCAGGAGCCCCUCCACGGCUGCCUCCCAGGGCAAGCACCCGCUCUGCCCCCCAAGCUCCAGGCAGAUCCCUGCUGCAGCAGCCAGAGGGCACCGGGCAGGGCGGGCGGUGGGCAGAGGCAGAGCGCCAGCGAGCGGGAGAAGCUGCGCAUGAGGAAUCUGUCCAAGGCUCUCCACACCCUGCGACGCUACCUGCCCCCCUCGGUGGCACCGGCUGGCCAGAGCCUGACCAAGAUUGAGACCCUGCGCCUCGCCAUCCGCUACAUCUCCCACCUGUCGGAGCUGCUGGGGCUCAGCGAGGAGACGCUGGCCCAGAAGAGAGAGGGCCCACGCCGGCACUGCCAGCUGUGCCCCGAGGGGCUGGGUUGCUGCCAGGCCACGACCCCUGGCCUCCGGGCAGCAUCUCCAGCUGCAGAGUCCUGGGUGUCGCCCACCUGCUGCCCUGCCGCAGGGACACCCCCUGAGCUGGUUUGGACUCAAAGUACUGGAGCAGCAUCCUGGGUGUCACCCACCUCCUGCUCUGAAACAGGGACUCCCCCGGAGCUCCAUGGGGCCUACAUCUCAGACAUAAUGGCCUGGGGCUCGCCCACCUCCCGCCCCAAGGCAGGGAGCCCUCAAGAGCCCCAUGGCACAGCAUCCUGGGGAUCCUGCACUGAUCCGGCAGCUCGCCUGGAGCCCAACGGGAUCAGAGUCACGGACGCAAGGCACUGGACAUCGCCCACGCACUGCCCCCUGCUGGCUGCUUUCUACCAGGCAGGGCCCACGUCGCCAGGCCUGGAGUGGUCCAUUGACCCCAGCCCCCAGCCAGCCUGCAGCCACUACAGGGCCAUCCCGGCAGAGCCAGCCCAGCAGCAGGAAUGGGGGGCAGCUGGCACUGAAGAGGUGCUGAGAAGCAGGACAUCGGCCACGUUUGGGUGCGGAGCUACGGGGCUCUUCACGGACUAG